AUGCGCCCUACCGCUGCUCUGAUCUGGGCGGUUUUUGGCAUUUAUCACCUUUGGCGCCAUCCCCAACCCAUUCGUCUCCUUCUAGCUACCGUACUCCCCACUGCAGUACCUUUGCUGCUGCUGUCAGCAGUUUUUGAUUCGUUGUGUUAUGCUCGGCCGACCUCCACUUUAUGGAACUUUCUUCUUUUCAAUGUAUUACAAGGUGGAAGUGCUCAUUUUGGCGUUCAUCCAUGGUAUUGGUACUUCACGGAGGGGCUCACGUCAGUUCUCACCCUACAGUUGGUUCCUGUAAUCCUUGGGCUUUUUAGCCCAUUUCGACCAACAAUACUGCCCUUUAUAGCUUCUGCUUUUUACAUUGCCUUUCAUUCCGUGUUACCUCAUAAAGAGCAAAGAUUUCUUCUCCCUGUUCUUCCUCUUCUUUGCCUUUACGCUGGGCCAUUUUUCGUCUCCAGGCGUACCAAAUUCAGACGCAUCUUCCUUUCCAUAAUGGUAAUUGUAAACGCUGGCAUAGCCCUCUACUGUGGCCUUCGUCAUCAAGUGGGGCCUUAUAAUGCGGCUGAUUCUUUGCUGUCAAUGGCCCGGAAAGGCGAGAAUGUUUCCGUAGCAGCGCUAAUGCCCUGCUAUUCCAUUCCUGGACAGAGCUAUUUCCACAACGAAAUCCGUUCGAUUCGCAUGUUGGACUGCACACCUAACAUUGGCAUUGAGAAAGCCAUAAAUGAAGUGGAUCAGUUCCACGAAGAGCCAGAAAUGUGGCUGGAUCGUCACUUAAAUGAAAUUCUGUCGUACUCUCAUAUCCUUAUCUAUGAGAAGAUGUUUCUUCGCCUGAUUGACACUAUGACUCGUCUUCGAUAUUCAGUCUGCGACCGAGUUUUUCAUUCUGAUUUCCUUUGCUCUGAUAGAGAGGACCAUCACAUAAUUAAGUACAGUUGUAAUGGAACAUCGGUUUGA